CGGAAUGUUGCAUAUACCUAUGAAAGCUCCUGUGGAUAUCAGAUAUCUCGUAGCAGCCCUACACACCUUGGGCACAUGUUUGCACCUAAGGUAAACUAUGUCAGGGCUUGAAUGGCACAAUUGAACCGACUUAAGUGAAAAUUUAUAAUGGUCUUAUACAUAAGUAGUUGGAUUUCCUGAUUCUGACUUUUUAAGUAACUUCAUCUCAUUCAUCUGGCUGCAUGCUCCCUUCAAACAGAGUUCGAGAUGUUUUUAAAAUGGAAUUCAGUUGUUGUAUGUGCCUGGCUUUUUGGAUUUAGCCGGGCUGCAACCAUCAAUAAAAUACGAUCUUCGAAGUUCUACAACGAGACACGCUUUACUCAUCCAGGCGCCCUUCAUACAUGCGGAGAUAUCGCACGAGUGAAAGCCCACAUAGACGGUGGUGAACAGCCAUGGACCCGAGCAUACGACCACCUCGCCAAGAGUAGCUUGGCACAAAUAACAUGGACCCCGAAGCCACAUGACAUUCUAGUUCGUGGUAACAACUCCUUCUAUGCUCAGAACUAUGGCGAUGCAUAUCGAGAUGCGCAUUCGGCAUAUCAGUUGACAUGGCGCUUCCUCAUCACCGGAAAUACUUCAUUUGCUGACCAUGCAGCGAUGAUCUUGGACAGCUGGUCAUCAACGCUUCAGUCCAUCAACGGAAGCGAGGAUAUGUAUUUGGCAGCUGGGCUCUACGGUUACCAGUUUGCCAAUGUAGGAGAGCUGCUACGAUUAUACCCUGGAUGGCCAAAGGAAAAUCAAACGGCUUUUGGCAAUAUGCUAAAUGAUAUAUUUGCAUACUUCAACCGGGACUUUCUUGAUAACCACAAUAGCAAACCGAACUUCUACUAUGCUAACUGGGAUCUUUGCAAUAUCGCAUCUCUCAUGUCUAUUGGUAUCUACAACAAUGACAAAACCAUGUAUGAUUUUGCGGUUGAUUAUUUCAACAACGGUCCUCCGGGUAAUGUUGUGGCUAAUGGCGCACUUCCAAUUUAUUCCAUUGCGAAUUUCACUGAAGAAGGGUCCGGCAAGAUCUUGAUGGAGGGGCAAGAGUCUGGCCGUGAUCAAGGACACGCUAUGCUUUCCACUGUUUUGCUCGGAGUUGUCGGUCAACUUGGGUUUAACCAAGGCACUGACCUGUUUGAAUCUUUUGGUCGAGAGAUCUUGAAUGGGGCGGAAUAUGCUUCCAAGUACAAUGUCGGCUUCGACGUCCCAUACACUCCUUAUGUCAGCUGGGAGGGAACUCUACCAGUAGUAGCUACUAAAGCACGAUAUACUGCAAGGCCAGGCAUGGAGCUCAUUUAUUCUCACUAUGCUGAGCUAAAAGGCGCCAAUGCGUCUUGGUCGCAACAAUACCGCGACUAUGUCAAUAGAAACAUCACCGAUAAUGUUGAGGGUGGUGGGGGCGACUUUGGACCCAACUCAGGUGGCUAUGAUGCGUUUGGACACGGUACAUUAUUGUACAGGCUAACGCCGGAGACCUCUUAGAGUUUUUCGGUGUGAUAUUGUGGAUGACUCUUGACAUAAUGCCGGAGCAGAACAGGGUUGAUUAAAAUGAUAGAGACAAGAAAUAUUUCAUUCCCACUUGAUAAUGCUUUUAAAGCAGAAUAUGACCUGCAAGUUAGUAUUCUAGUAGCGCU